UAAAAAAAACCUCUAGUCCUUCUAAUGAUGGGACAGCUCAGCAAAAUGUGAGAGAGCUCUGGCAUUUAGUGACACUCUGUGGUUUGGGAAGAUCUCUGGAAUUUCCUGUCCUCCAGCCUUCCUGAUUACCUGUCCCUAAUAACUAUGUGCUUCCCUCCCUCUGGAUUGUUAUUUCCUUUGUUUUCGUAGCCAGGGAUGGUGUCAGAAGAGACCGGAGCAUCUUAGAGGUCCACUCAUCUUUCCUUCUCUUCAGACCUUCUCUUCAGACAGCGAGACACAGUAAUGGCGUCCAGGGGACUCCGCCUCAGGGGGGCUGCCUCGUUCCUCCUGCUGGCGGCCUGGCUGGCCGCAGCUUCCGCAGAGAGCUACCAGAAGUUCCUGCGCGAGCACUUCGACUUCCCCCCCUCCGAGGUCCCCAACCCCGACCGCUACUGCGACCUCCUCAUGAAGAGGCGCCACAUGGCCACGCCGCACCACUGCAAGCACCUCAACACCUUUGUGCACGCCGACACCCCCCGCAUCAUCGAGGUCUGUGGGGACGGAGGGGCGCCCACCACGGGUGACCUCCGGGAAAGUGCCGACGUCUUCCCCCUCACGCUGUGCAAGCUGCAGAGGGGUUCUUGGGCCCCCGAUUGCAAAUACGAGGUCACCAGGAACGUGGAGAGGAUCGUCAUCGCUUGCGAGGACGGCUUCCCGGUGCACCUGGAGACAGAAGUCCAGAACUAGACCGGGGAGCUUGCUGGGUGCUCCACCAUCUCACUCUUUGCCCCAUUCAUGGUUAUGAAGAAGGCCAAGCUGGUGACGUCUCUUGCAAAUAAAACAAUCCGCAUUGU